CAGAGGAGAGAAGAACAAGAGAAGAACAAGAGAAGGGAGGGGAGAAGCUGACACUGAUAUCAAUAGGAAAAGAAGAGAUACCUGAGAGGAGAUUGCAACAGAGAUUUGUGAUUUAAAUGAGAAAUCCACCUGACAGCUGAGAAAUAAAGUAAUCCUUCAGAGAGAGAUUUAAGAAUCACCAAUAUGUUUCUCUUCCUCUCGUUGUGCCUGUGUGGUCUUCUGCUGCAAGGUGAUGCACAGGACCAAGCUUCUUUGUGGAGGGGGAAUGACAGAAGUGGGCGAUGCCAGUACACCUUCUCUGUACCCAGCCCCACCGAAACCAGCUGCCCGCAGACCGGGGGCCCGGAGGUGGAGGGCCUGAAGGCCAGGCUCAACCUGCUGGAGGUGCUGGUGUCCCGGCUCACUGGAGGGAACACUGGGGCUCCCCAGGGUGCCGAUGCCAAAUCUCAGUCUGCGCUGCAAGAGGCGCUGAACCGGGCCGUGGGGGAGAGGAACCUGCUACAGGGGGAGAAAGAGCGCCUAGAGAGAGACUUGGAGGGGCUUCAGCGCAGGGUGGAGGAUAUGAAGAGGGAGACGGAGAAGCUGAGGAACAGACCCUGUCCUCCACAGACCCCCAUGGUGCAACCCAGCCCCUCUCUGCAGGACAGUGGCCUGAUGAGACCUGCUGGUGGUUCCAGUGUGUUGUCUCACCUGAUGAACAGGCCCAACAGACAGGGAGACAGCAGCAGUUUGAUAGACUCAGCAUGGCAGUACGGAUCUCCAGGCUUUCAGGAGAUGAAGGCCGAGGUGACGGAGGUUCCUGCUCCUGACAACACUGAGGAAUACACAGGUUGUGGGGUGCUGAUUUCAGUGGGUGAACCGGUCACUCACAAGAAGGCCGAAAGCAUAGCGGGUAAAUAUGGUGUUUGGAUGCAGGACCCUGAAGCUGUGCCCCCAUAUGGAUCCAACAUGGUCUGGCGCAUCGACACUGUUGGCUCCAACAUCAGGCAGCUGUUUGGGUAUGAGGACAUGGAUCAGCUCUCUAAAGGCUUUCCAUCCAAGGUGCUGCUGUUGCCAGAGUCGGUGGAGAGUACUGGUGCCACUCUGUACAGAGGCUCUCUGUACUAUCAGCGACGUCUCAGCCGCACCCUCAUCCGCUUCGACCUCUCCUCUGAGAGUGUCGCAGCCCGUCGUGACCUCCCCCAUGCCAACUUCCACGGCCAGGCCCCCUACUCCUGGGGAGGCUACACGGAUAUCGACCUGGCCGUAGAUGAGCAGGGUCUGUGGGCCAUCUACUCCACCAACAAGGCCAAAGGAGCCAUCGUGAUCUCGCAGCUGAACCCACACAAUCUGGAGGUGAAGAAAAGCUGGGAGACAAACAUCCGGAAGAACUCUGUGGCCAACUCCUUCAUCAUCUGCGGCAGGCUGUACACCGUGGCCAGCUACACGGCCCCCAACACCACCCUCAACUACAUGUACGACACUGAAAGCAGCCAGGGAAAAGCCAUUACCAUCCCCUUUAGGAACAAGCACCGCUACAACAGCAUGAUCGAUUACAACCCGACUCAGAGGAAGCUGUUUGGCUGGGACAACUUCCACAUAGUGUCCUAUGAUGUCCGGCUGGGUCGCCCGCAGGCCAACUGAGGCCGCCAUGAGUGACUGUUGAAAAGUGACAUUUGCUCACCUGUUCCCGCUUCAGAGACUCCAAGCUUUAGGCCGCAAUGUGUGUGAUAGCAGCAACUAGAAACAAGACACCACCAGAAUCCAUGUAGAAGAGCCAAAGUACCAAACUCCAGAGUGAGAUGAAGAAGUUUGAGGAACAGUGUCCCCCCCUAUUUUUCCCCUCAUUGGGAGGGAUUUUGCUAUGGCACGGUCCACACGUUUUUAGAGAAAUUAUUUUUGUACCGCAUUUCAGUCACAUGUAUGAAUUUGUUUUCUUGUUAAGCUAUAUAUAUAUAUAUACUGUAUAAAUCUAUAUAUAUGAUGUCUCAAAGAUGAAGCAAUUGCUGUUGCACAAUUUCACUUGCUAAGUGGGAAAAUUACUUUCUUAUCCACAACUCAAACUCCUGUGGUAUUAUGCCCCUUACACUGUUUCACCAGUCAACAUCUUUCAUCAAAUAAACUGCUCUCUCACUCAGCAUGUAUUGAAAUAUUGCAUGUACUUGUACACUGUAGUCAACAUUGCAAAUGUUGAAAUUCAUCAUGAAAUAAACUUCGUAAAU